ACUUCUGUCGUUUAGAAAUUACGUCAUUAACAGUCGCCGGUGCCACUCGUGUUGUCAAAAUGAAAUGUUUACAAUGAGAAUUAUCAUCAUUGUUUUACGUGUUUUUAAACACCAUAAAUCGUUUUAGUUAGUCGAUGAGAUGUCGGCGUUCAGCUCAGAGCUCAUUGACUACCUGGAGGGAAGAAUUUCAUUCGAGGAGUUUGAAAUACGGAGAGAGGAAAGAAAAGCUAAAUUGAAGGUAUCGAACGAAGGACGUUCAGAGGAAGAUGAAGAGAUUGGACCAGAUGACACUCUCCCCAGCACUUCCCACGGCCGCAGUCCGAGAAAAUGUUCUAAAAAACGGCCCGCAGCGGAUCCAGAGGAAGGCGUCAGCCCCUCUGUCCAGAAGGCCUUUGCCUCUAUGAUGGAGGAGGGAACAGAGACUGAACAGACUGAGGAAGAGGAGGAGGAGGAGGAUGAAGACAACGAUGACGAUUAUGAAGAAGAGGAAGAGGAGGAUUCAGAGGAGGAGAGGAAGGUUGAAGCUAAGGGAGAUGAGGAAGGGCCCUCAGCUGGGGAUGUCUUUGCUCUGGAAAUGGAGCUUAACCGAGAGAACAAGAAGAUGAUGAAGGAGAGACGUAACCGCAGCAAGCUGCCCCGGGCCCUAAGGGGCCUCAUGGGAGAAGCCAACAUCCGUUACGCCCGCGGAGACAAGGAGGACGCCGUCCUGAUGUGUAUGGAGAUCAUCAGACAGGCCCCGCUGGCCUACGAGCCCUUCUCCACCCUGGCUAUGAUCUAUGAAGACCAGGGGGACAUGGAGAAGUCUCUACAGUUUGGCCUGAUCGCUGCUCAUCUCAACCCCAGCGACUGUGAGGAGUGGGUCAAGCUGGCCGACAUGUCUCUGGAGCAGGACAACAUCAGGCAGGCCAUCAUCUGCUACACCAAAGCCAUUAAGUAUGACCCCAGUAAUGUGCGCUACCUAUGGGAACGUUGCAGCCUAUAUGAGCAGGUGGGGGAACACAAGCAGUCCAUGGACGGGUACCGUCGUAUCCUCAACCUACUGCCCCCUACUGACGGGGAGCACUUCAUGCAGCUGUCACGAGACAUGGCCAAAAGCUACUAUGAGAGUAGUGACCUGCCAUCAGCCAUGGGGGUCAUGGAGGAGGCCCUGAGGAGACACCCAGAGCUGGUGACAGACGAGAGCAUCAACAUGGCUGCUGAGCUCUACAUCGCCAACCACCAACACGACAAGGCCCUUCAGGUUCUAGUCCAGUUCUGCGGGAUCGUCCUGGAGAGAGGAGAACCUAAGCCAGACCUUGCAGAGGAGGAGAAGAUGGAAUCAGAGGAGAACCCAGAGGAGCAGAAGAAGAUGGAAGAGGAGGAGAACCCAGAGGAGCAGAAGAAGAUGGAAGAGGAGGAGAACCCAGAGGAGCAGAAGAAGAUGGAAGAGGAGGAGAACCCAGAGGAGGAGAAGGAGAUGAAAACAGCGACAACCGAUGAGACUGGAGGGGAGGUUAGAGAGGUGGUAGUUCCAGACCAUGUACCAGUGGACAUCAGAGUGAAACUCAUGGUCUGUCUGAUCCACCAGCAUGUUUACAGACCUCUGGAUUCCAUGUUGACGUCUCUGAUGGAGCAGAGCCCAGAGGAGCUGGGGGAUCUGUACCUGGAUGUGGCUGAGGCCUUCCUGGACCAGGGAGAGUACAACUCAGCCCUGCCUCUCCUCUCUGCCCUGGUCUGCUCUGAGAGAUACAACCUGGCUGUUGUCUGGCUCCGACACGCUGAGUGUCUGAAGGCGCUGGGCCACAUGGAGGUAGCAGUGAAGAGUUACAACAGGGUAGUACAGAUGGCUCCUCUUCACCUGGAGGCCAGGCUGUGUCUCUCUACUCUGCAGCAGCAGCUGGGUCGACCUCUCUGUGCCCUCAAGGCCCUGGAGCCCAUGUACGACCCAGACACACUGGCACAGGACGCCUCCGCAGCACAGCAGGAGUUGAAGCUGCUGCUACACCGCUCUACUCUCCUGCGUUCCCAAGGCCGACUGGAUGACUACCUGGAUACCAUGCUGACCAUGCUGGCUAUGCUGCUGAAGGUGGCUAUGACGCGGGCCCAGGUGUGUGUCAAAGCCAGCAUGUGGGCGGGGGUCAGACACCUGCGUCUGGUCAAGGUGUCUAAGGACCUGGUGUCUGACAUCCACGACCAGGAGGCAGCCUACCAGGACAUCAGUGGUAAGACCAGUGUGUUGUCUCGUGAGGACUGGUGGUUACUGUUGGUGAGGUGUGUGUGUACGCUGUGUGAGAUGAAGCGUUUUAAAGAGGCAGAGCUGCUGGUAGACUCUUCUCUGGAGUUCUACUCCUUCUAUGACGUCAAGGUGAAGAGGAAAGAGCUGGAGUUCUUUGGUCUGUCGGCUGCUUUCCUGGACCAUAACUACCGCAAGGCCUACGAUUACAUCAGACUGACGCUGAUGGAGAAGCAGGAGUGGCCCAUGCUGUGGAAUGUAUUCAACCAGGUGACCCUUCACUCCCAGGACGUGCGUCAUCAUCGGUUCUGUCUGCGUCUGAUGAUGAAGAACCCAGACAACCACGCCCUGUGUGUUCUCAGUGGACACAACGCACUGGUGUCUGGCAGCUUCAAACACGCACUCGGUCAGUAUGUUCAGGCGUUCAGGUCUAAGCCAGAUGAACCUCUGUACAGUCUGUGUGUUGGCCUCACCUUCUUCCACAUGGCGUCUCAGAAGUUUGUGGUUAAACGCCACCCGCUGAUACUGCAGGGAUUCUCAUUCCUGUGGCGUUACGUGGAGCAGCGUGGGCCCUGCCAGGAGAGCAUGUACAACCUGGGACGGGCCCUGCAGCAGAUGGGCCUGGCACACCUCGCCAUUCACUAUUACCACAAGGCUCUCAGCUUCCCUCCUCUUACACUAGAGGGUAUUGCGGAUGACCAGGUAGACCUGCGUAGAGAGAUAGCCUUCAACCUGUCAAUCAUCUACCAGGCCAGUGGAAACACUGAGAUGGUACGACACCUCAUCAACACAUACUGCACUGUAUAAUGACCUAUCAGGUCCUCUAUACUGAUC